UUAGGAGGAGGAGUUUAAUUGACACCAGUGCACACUGACCGUAAUGACAAUGAAGAAUUACACGGUCACGAUCGCAAGUGUCAUGACACUCAUUGUCCCGCAAGAGGACAGAGGGGAGAGGGAGUCGAGUAGCGACCGUGAGUGAGCUUCAUGUCGGGACGCGAGGGGACCACGUUGCGCUUCACGUUGGGAGGCGAGGAUUUCAAGCUCUUCAGUGGCGCGCACCAAAGAGCGAGCAGGCAGGAACGGGCCGUCCCACGACGAGGCGCGUCCGUGGUGGGGUGUCAGUCGUGGCUUAUCUGGCGACUUUAUGUAUAUUACGAUACCCCAGGCAGGAACACGAGCAGUUCACUGCUGGCUAACCGGUCGGAGAGGAGUCGGCCGAGUGGAGAGCUGUUCGCGGCGAGUGUAAAAGGAAAACGUGUUUGACUGCAAGGAAGAAAGAGAGACGUCCUUCUUUUUUCUACAUUUGUCACGUGUGCGAUACCGUCGUGCUCUUGUUACGUUUACGUGUGAAAGCCGCGUCCACGCCACGUGAACGUCACGUAGUGCAAGUUUGGCCAAACAAUUUUGCAAGCUGAUCGAACGGAAUACGUCAGUUCUAUUCAGUGGUGAUCACGAUCCAGGAUGAUCGUCCUCGCGUGGUGCCUCUUUGUUAUCGUCUCGUUUCUCGUGGCGAGGAACCAGGCUUUCCUCAAUGCACCGUUACCAGCUCACGCGGUGUCGGGUUACAGUAUCGGCACUGAGAGGCGAAUAGAGAGCAAUAAAGCAAGUCACAACGCAAACGACAAUUACCCGGUCGACUCGAAAUCCGACGACGGCAGCGAGGAGGCAGUCUACGUGAUCGCAUUCAACGAUGAUGAGAAGGAUGAAAGAGCGGAGAAAGAAAGAGAUACGGAAGACACCGUCAACCCCAGUUCUAAUCUGCAAAACCCGUUGGACCCAUGGUCGAUAGUCUGGUACAUCGGCUCGUUCGGCGGUCUGGUGGCGUUUUUCCUCAUCGUCAGCUGUUCCGAGUGGUGCUGUCGACGGAAUGGUCGACCUUUAACAGUGCCCUACGCGCAACGUGCGGAGGUGAUGAACACAUCUGGAGUUACGGAGACCCCGCCGCCGCCUUAUCACCUAUUUGCGCCGCCUUCUUACGAUUCCGUCAACUACGGCGAGAUCGUCGACAAGACGACAGGCGAGAAGCUAGACAUCUAUGUAAUCUCGGUGCCGAUCCACAGGCCGAUGGUGCAGGCACCAGCGUAGAGAACCUUGAAAAGACUCGUCCUCUUGACGAGGAUCAGGACUAGCGAUUGACAGUCGAUCGCGGAGAAGUGACUUCGCGAUCCCUUCGUGGAAGACGCUGUUCAAGAAAGAAGCGCAACUGCUUGAGCGCCGUCGUUGCAAUACAAAUACAGCGAGAGAGUGACGCUGUGUGUGUGUGUGCGCGCGCGCGCGCGCGUGUGUGUGUGUGUGUGUGUGUGUCGCUCGGUAUGACGUUACUGAGCAAUUAACUCGCUCGGUGUCAUUGAUAAAGAUGACGACGAUUCGUUGAAACAUUGAUAUCAUUCCGGAUUGUGUGACUUGUUUCGCGCGUUUCUAUGAAGAAAGUGACAAAUUCUUACGCGAGCCAUUCUCGUCAUACGCGUUGAUCUUGCGGAAAGAAAGCUCGUGACAAAAUUGAGAAGAUUGCGUUCAUCAAAUGAAAUUUUGAUAACUCAGAACGAAACGUUAAUUUUAUAUACUCCGAAAAAUCAAUUUUUCUUUUUUUGUUAUUUAACUCCAAUUCUACAGUUUUAUCUACGACCAGCAUUUUCCUCGAAUCAACGAGAAGAAGAACAAUGGUUAACAAAUGCUAAUGGAAUCUGAGUCAAUGUUUGUAUGCAAGAAUUUAUUGCGGCGGUAUUUACGAUAUUUAGAUUGUACACUGGAUAUAUGGUCCAAGUCGCGAAAAUUCGAGUGUUCUUCGAAAGAAGCUGUAUAAAAUUAAUAAGGAGACAGAAACAGUCUUAAUAAAAAGGGACGUAUUCGUGAGUUCUUUGGAGUAAUGAACAAUACUUGCUUAGAAGGAAAUGCUGCUUAAUUUUAGAGCAAUAAUUAGUUUAAUCGGCCUGCGGAAAAUGCGGCGAAUCGAAUCAUGCGACAAAAAUCGAUUGUUAUAUUUGUAGGAACGUUGAUCAUUUUACACAUGCGAUACUAGGAUAUCUCAGAAUAAGCAGAAUUAAUGGCAGAAUGUGCGAGCAUUUAAAAACAUUUAAAAGAUGAAAUAAACGAUUCAGUCAAUCACUGCCAUUCGAGAUAGAAUAAUCAAGGUUUAGAUAUUAUAUUCAAAUUUAGUAUACAAUCGACAUCUUUUUUUACGAUAUACCAAUAAACUGAGAUUUUUAUUUAUAUAGAUAAAUCGUACAAUGACUUUGAGAACUUCCCCAUUUUAUUCCGCGACAAUCGAUGACACUGUCAUUGAUUCGCCGACUGUUGUUGGCGAAUUGUGCGAAAUACCGUAUUAUAAGCGAAUUGUGAGAACUUGGACUUACACGUGAUAUCGUCGCAUGCGAUUGGCCCCAAUCGCCUAUCGACUCCGUCAAUUAGGGACGAUUAGUGUAGAUUAUAAAUCGACUGCCAUAUGUGAGAAGCGUCUCCCUGCGAACGAGGCCGCGAAAAUAAUUUAAGAUAAUAACGUGAGCGAGUAUUUGCCGAUCUACAAUGUUCGCGAUAAGGACGCAGAAAGAGAAAGACAGAUGUUGUAGCUCUUCGCGCAAAUAACAAAUCUUAAACGAGCAAUUGCACACUAAUUAACGUCGCGCCCGUAAGUAACCACAACAAAGUUUCUGAGCGAUUCCUCAGUCAGAAUAUGUUACAGAUUGAACUAGAGCUCGAGAACACGCAAAAUGUUGAUAAAUAUCAGUCUCCGACGGAACGAAAUCCGAUCGAAUGUGCCAUGUAACUUUCUCUGAAUUAGAGGAUUCAUAUCUUAUAAAUUGAUCAUACUUGGAAAUAUCACUUACGCUAAUAUUUAAUUAUGAUAAGAAGUAAAAAGCACUUUAAUGUAAUGAAAUUUCGAUGCAAUGCUGAAGUUCGUUGUAAUCGAGAUUUUAUAUAGUUAUAUUACGUUCAUAAUAACAAUUUAAAAAAAAUUAAAUAUUAGAAGAUCUAGAAUUUGCAGAGUAAUUUAAAUUUAUAAAAGUGCAAUAUAAUGUGAAGGUUAAAUCAUUUUUAUCAAACCUUACAUUCGCGGAAACAUAAUAGGCCUAAUUAUCAAAGAGUAAACAAUAAAUUCUAAAAUGUGCAAUAUCUGCUGUAAUCUUCCAGUUUAGUCUUUCAAAUAUAUAAAACUCGUGGAAUACGAACAGUUAGUAAAUAUAAGUAUUUGUGCGUAUGAAAGAGAUAUGUGUGUUAGAAUGCUUUAAUGAAUUAAUGUAACUUUCAUACAACGUCAAUUACGAUUAGCAUUCUAAAAAUGAUUAUAAUUUUUACAAUUACUGUAAUUGAUUCGAUCACUUUGAAAAGAGCAUGUUACGCAACAUACAAACCAAAUAAUAUUUCACAAUAAAAUAUAUUAAAUUUCGAUUUGCA